AUGCUUUCAAAACUCACGAGUCUUGAAGUUCUUGAUGUUUCAAAUAAUAGUUUAUUAUCAUUAAGCACAAGCGGUAAUGAUGUGAACUAUUCUUUCCCCCAGCUUAGAACUGUGAACUUCUCUGGUUGUAGCGUAAGGCAGUUCCCGAAUUUCUUUCAGACAUCGAACUUGGAGGAAUUAGAUCUUUCAAAUAAUAUGAUUUCUGGUGGAAUUUCCAAAUGGGAAGCCGAAGGGUGGGAAGGAUUGCUAUCGUUGGACCUUUCUCAUAACUUUUUGACUGCUUUGGACCAAUUUCCGGGGAACAAUUUGGAUUAUCUCAACCUUCAUUCCAACUUGCUUCAAGGACCAAUUCUUUCAACUUGCUUGAAUCCUCAAAUUCCAAUUUUAAAGGAGUUGCCAGUGAUCAUCAUUUCAAAGAAUAAAUUGACAGGAAACAUUCCUUCUUCUAUUUGCAAUUUGAGUUCAAUUGAUGUUCUGGACUUGUCCGAAAACAACUUGAGUGGAACUAUUCCUGAUUGUCUUGGAAAUUUUAGCCAUCUCACGUUCUUGGAUUUGCAAAUGAACAACUUCAUUGGCAAGAUCCCUGAUUCUUUUGUGAGUAAUAAUUUGAACCAUCUUUUACUCAAUGACAAUCAACUGGAAGGAUUAGUACCACCAUCUUUGGUUAAUUCUACUUCAUUGGAACUUUUAAAUUUAGGGAACAACAAGUUAAAGGAUAGAUUUCCACAUUGGUUAGCUUCGCUUCCAAGUUUGCAAGUUCUUAUCUUGAGAUUUAAUAGAUUUUAUGGAUCACUGCCUCAUUCCAUGGCUUCAUCAAACUUUUCUGCAUUGCGAAUAAUUGAUCUAUCUGGAAAUGAAUUUACAGGCGCUUUGUCCACAAAACUCAUUCUAAAUUUGAGAGCAAUGAAAGAUAAACCUAAAGAGUGGUCGUACUCCACAGCUACAUAUGGUAGUGGUAGUUAUGAAGUUCCUGUGAAUAAAAAUUCCCGAGGACAUUGGGCAACUUAUUUCCCUGCAAAUGCUCAACUUCUCUCACAACAAUUUCACUGGUCCUAUCCCAGCAUCAUUUGCAAAUUUGCUAGCACUUGA